UAUUUUGCUUAACCACUGAGGCUAUUUGUGCCAAGAGAGCAGCUCUGUCUCUGAGACAAGGCUUUAGAUCUAAAGCUCAAAAUUAGUGUUGCAUCAACAGCAGAAGUAAGCCACACAGGAAGAGACGUGAGCAGCAAGACAACAUGGAGGUCACAGCUCUCUGCAUCAGAAUGUUGAUGACUCUGAUGUUCAUGCAGCUGGCUGCACAUGCUCAGAAAGUUGAUGCAGAUUUUUGGAUCAUUCCAACCAGACUGCAAGUCUUUGAAUAUGAGUCUCUCUCUUUUAAAUGUACAGGCUUCAAUGGCUCGACUAGUUGGAAUAUUUUAAGGAAAAUCAAAUCAGAAAUUGCGAUUUGUGGUUUUUCUAAGUGGGGAGUGUCAACUGAGUCAUCCUGCACAAUUAGAGGUGCUUUUCCAGAUGACAGUGGAGAGUACUGGUGUGAGGCUGGAGGGGGAGAGAGAAGUAACUCUGUAAACGUCGCUGUCACUGCUGGUUCUGUGAUCCUGGAGAGUCCCGUCCUUCCUUUGAUGGAGGGAGAUCCUGCCACUCUGAGCUGCAGAAACAAGACAACAUCCUCCAACCACACUGCUGAUUUCUAUAAAGACGGCCUCCUCAUCAGGACCAGUUCUACAGUAAACAUGACCAUCCAUAGUGUUUCCACGUCUGAUGAAGGACUCUACAAGUGCAGCAUCUCUGGAGCUGGAGAAUCACCAAAGAGCCAGCUGACUGUCAGAGCACUUCACAGCACUUCAGAGACUCAUCCAUUCUCAGAUUAUUUGUUCCCCAUCCUAAGAAACAUUGUUCCCAUUGUGCCGAUGACAAUGCUGCUGCUGUUGCUGGGAGCACUGCACUGUGGGAAGUUCAGAGGGUCCAGAAGCAGAUGUUCAAUGUGCUGCGACUGCAUCGAGGCAUGAAGAUUCUCACAAGUCAAAUGAAGACAGUCUACAAACCACAGCUUCUACUUUGAGUAACGCGGACAAACACUUUGUAUCUCUAGCAUCUCUACACCUCUAUGAAUAGACUCUGUUGUGUGUUUGUGGACACAUGAUAAAUGUGUCACGCAAUUAUUAAAAUUCACCUCAUAAUGCAUCAUGCAUGGCUCACCUUCUGCUUGUAUUAUUGACCUAAAAACAUAUUAAAACAAUUAUUUUUGUAUCAUGAUGUUGUUGUGUUGUAAUAUUUGAAUAUAAAAAGAGGUCUAACUCAGUUGUUCUCAAACUUUCUCUGUCAAACCCCCUUCAGAAGCCUAUAAAUCAUGUUCAUGCAACUUUAAGUUUGCUCAACAUCCACAACCCCCCUGAAGUUGCUCUAUGUCCCACCAGGAAGGUUUGCCACCAAGUUUG